UUCUCGGGAAGGCUUUGGGCUCGUGUCGGGUUGACUGUUUUCCAGCUACUCAUCUCUCACCAUGAAGGAGGAUCUGGUUGUACUGGACGAGCCAGGAUUCCAAGAUGAGGAGGAAUCUUUGUUUCAAGACAUUGACCUGUUACAGAAACAUGGAAUUAAUGUGGCUGACAUUAAAAAACUCAAGUCGGUGGGAAUCUGUACCAUCAAGGGGAUCCAGAUGACAACCAGAAGAGCCCUGUGCAAUGUCAAAGGGCUCUCCGAAGCCAAAGUGGACAAGAUCAAAGAGGCAGCCAACAAACUGAUCGAACCAGGCUUCCUGACGGCGUUUGAAUACAGUGAGAAGAGGAAGAUGGUUUUCCACAUCACCACGGGGAGCCAGGAAUUUGAUAAGUUGCUAGGAGGAGGAAUCGAAAGCAUGGCAAUCACAGAGGCUUUUGGAGAAUUUCGUACUGGGAAAACUCAGCUGUCUCAUACACUCUGUGUGACAGCUCAACUUCCAGGAGCAAGUGGCUACCCAGGAGGAAAGAUUAUCUUCAUUGAUACAGAAAAUACUUUUCGUCCAGAUCGCCUUCGGGACAUUGCUGACCGCUUCAACGUAGACCACGAUGCAGUACUGGACAAUGUGCUGUAUGCACGUGCAUACACUAGUGAACAUCAGAUGGAGCUACUUGAUUAUGUAGCUGCAAAGUUCCAUGAAGAGGCUGGCAUCUUCAAGCUGCUGAUAAUUGAUUCAAUAAUGGCACUUUUUCGAGUGGAUUUCAGUGGUCGUGGGGAGUUGGCUGAGAGGCAGCAGAAACUGGCCCAGAUGUUGUCCAGGCUCCAAAAAAUCUCAGAAGAAUACAAUGUGGCUGUUUUUGUGACCAAUCAAAUGACUGCUGAUCCAGGAGCAACUAUGACCUUUCAGGCUGAUCCCAAAAAACCCAUCGGGGGACACAUUCUGGCUCAUGCUUCUACAACAAGAAUAAGCUUACGGAAGGGAAGAGGGGAGCUGAGAAUUGCCAAGAUUUACGACAGCCCUGAGAUGCCUGAAAACGAAGCCACCUUCGCAAUAACUGCUGGAGGAAUUGGGGAUGCCAAGGAGUAGGUGGCGGAGUGAUGCAGAUCGCUGCUCAGUGCUUAUUAGCAGCUGAAGAAAUGAGGAGACAGGCUCGAUUUUCACAUCUUGAAAUAACAGUUUGCUUUUUCAUAGGUUUUUAAAGGAAAGUCAGCAAGACAGAUUUAAAUCUUAAAUUUAUCUUAAAAAGUUCCUGAUUUAUAACGAUCCAUCGCAUGUAUAUAUAAAUAUAUUCUGAAUAACAUGUGGUAUAUAAAACACAUAUACACUUGA